GUGGGCUCCACACUACUGAGAUGUCAGUCUCCACGAAACCCUUCACGUCCUUCCUCAUCCAAGAUAUUCUAGCCCACAAGGAGGUACCGGGGGGUGCCAAGCAGAGGCCGGCCUCUUCAGAAGGCGACGUGCCGGACGGCGUCCACUCAGCCGGCGAGACGGCCAGACGCGGCCGGGAUCCGAAGUCCGUGCUGGGGACUGGAGGCGGGGAAGCGGCGGGUCUGGAAGUCGGAGCUUUCCCCGGAGGUCGGUCGUCCACAUGCCCCGCCUCACUAAGUUUGUGUUUGCUUUCGUUGCUGUCUCUAGACACCGCCGCACGCAGGAAGGCGGACGGUCCCAUCGCUCGGGCGAGAAGCCCGAAGAAGAGGCGUUCGCGAGCGGCCUUCUCGCACUCCCAGGUGCUGGAACUGGAGCGCAGGUUCGACGGCCAGAGGUACCUGUCGGCGCCGGAGAGGGCGGAGCUGGCCGGGGCGCUGAAGCUCACCGAGACCCAGGUGAAAAUAUGGUUCCAGAACCGCAGGUACAAGACCAAGAGGAAGAUGAUGUCGGCCUGCCAGAGUUACGCCGCGCCCAAGGGCCAAGCGGGCGCAGCAGAGAGCGCAGGGGCAUCGCUGGUACACGCCUACCAAAGCUACCGCCACCAUCCCUACUUGUACUGUCUGGGUGCUUUCACCCCCUCUCUCUGGUGAGCUGAGCUCGGCUCGGCUCGGCUCGGCUCAGCAGCGACAACGCACUUUAUUUAUUCAGUCCCUGGUCCUGGUCCCGCUGCGAUUUCCCCAUCCCGAAGCUGACCGAUCUCAAUCUACCUUUCCCCAACGCAAGAGUCAAGAGUGUUUUCUUGUCAUAUGUCCCAGACAGAACAAUACAAUUCUUACCUGCA